AUGGUGAGAGCUCCUCCUCGCUCUGAGAUUAACACGGCUUUAAGGAAAGGCACAUGGAGUCCUGAAGAGGAUCAAAGGUUGAUAGCCUACAUCAGGAGUUAUGGCAUUUGGAACUGGAAAGUCAUACCCAAAGCUGCUGGUUUGUUAAGGUCCGGGAAGAGUUGUAGACUUCGUUGGGUGAAUUAUUUAAGGCCGGGCAUAAAGCGUGGAAACUUUAGCAAGGAAGAAGACGAAACCAUACUCAAACUGCAUGAAAUGCUGGGGAACAAAUGGUCAGCAAUUUCCGCAAAACUGUGCGGAAGAACAGAUAAUGAAAUUAAGAAUCGCUGGCACUCCCACUUGAAGAAACGCUUAAAGAACAACGAAGCACAGAGGACUGACUCAAGUAGUGAAGGAGAAACAACGAAAUGUGAUGCCAAACUAAACAACCUAGCCGAAACCAAACUUCCAUUUUCUAGUGUAACAGAAGCUUCAAAGUCGGAAGUCUCCAUGAACAUCCCAAUUUCACCAAGCUCAUCCAUGGGUAAUUACUCUUCAUCAAACCCUGAUCCUGCUGUUCAAAUUGAUGAGUACAAGACCAUAGAGGUGAUCGGUUCAUCAGAAACAUUCGGAGAUCUUUCAAGCUUUUGGGCACAACCAUUUUCUGUGGAAGAUUUGUACAUGGAAGAUCUCAAAGCCACAUGUGUUGAUCCCGGAUAUGUAGUUCCAAUUUCUCAAGUAUGGUACCAAGAAACCACAAGUCCAUAUGGCUACUAUGAUGAUGUAUGCAGUGAUUUUUGGUUCAAUCUCCAAAUUCAAGAAGAUGCAGAUGCAACCAAAGAGCCUGAUGUCCAUAUUUUUAAGUGA